AUGAGGAUCUGUGGCAGAGCGUUUGGCUGGUCAUGGCAUUGGGCCACUGUAUUCGGGCUCGAUAUCAAGGAGGAGGCCGAACGGCAAAAAGGAGAGGCCUCCAAAGUCGAGGUGUUAGCCUGGAGAUUGGGUGAUAUUCGCGAGCGUACCUCUUCGCUCGUCUCUUCCCGAAGCUCGAGCAACCAGGCGUUCGGGCGGAACCCUAGCGACGCUGGCGCCGGCGCAGGAAUCGAACGGGCAUCAGCAGCCGGCGCACGUAUCCCCGAGGUCCGGAGACCUUCGUCCGGCGCAGGUGCUCGGACAGGAGCUGAGUCGACGGAUCCAGAGGUGAUACAACCAGCUGUAGAAGCCAAUGAUACAUCUCCUGAAGCAGUUGGUCCAUCACCAAAGAGGCCACGUACUGGUGAAGCAAUUAUGUGCAUGCUUGGAAGUUUGAAGACAUCUUUUGAUGAUGCCAUGAAGUCAACCGAGCCACUACAGCAGCCGCAGGUUACUCCUCCUUCCGUCAUGCUUGCUACAAUUGAAGCCGUACCUGAUAUGUCCAGAACUGAACAGCUGCGAGCUUAUGCGAAGCUAACUGUCAGUGAGCGUUUAUUCCAUUCACUUCUUGAGCUCCCACUGGAUGCUAGAAAGGAAUGGCUGCUUAUGUUACCUUGAAUAACUUGUAACCGUAUCGGAAUUUCUAUGAACCACCGUUUCUAGACUAUGUUUGUAUGAUUUUCGACAGUGAUGUAUCUCAUCUUAUG